CAAAGUGAUCAGUUUUGUGCCUAAGGAGCUCCGUGAAGCUUGGCUUCAUAAGCGGUAUUUUGAAAUAAAUAUAAACAAAUAAGUUAAACAAAUUAAUUAAAGAAGAACGAAUAAAUUAAUAUAAAGUGUUGGCAAAAAUAACAAUAAAGAAAAACACAAAUUUAAGUGAAUUAAUUAACAAGAAAAAAAAAUCAUUUUAGUUUUUAUAAGUUGGCGUAUUUAUUUUUAUUUUUUAAAUUGAAACGUGCAAAUUAAAGAAAACGAAUACAGAGUUUUUGUGGAUAAAAGAAACAUUUAACAAAAUCAAUUUAGUUAUUUUAAAUAAAUAAUAAUUUUAUUGAUUUUUUUAAAAAUAAAUUUUAACUUGAAAUAAUAAAAAUAAGCUCCUAUUCAAAGGCAAGAUGAUACCGAUUUUAUCAAAACUCAGCAACUACUAUAGUGCCUAUGUGUUGGGUGUGCUAACAGUGGGUUACAUAUUGGGCGAGUUGGGUCAUUAUCUUAUAGGUGUUACCUCCAAACAAACAGCCAUGGAAUUGGAUUAUGGUGACAUAUCCUGCCAACAGAACACUACCAUGUUCCUAAGAACCGAAGUACCCGUACAAUGUGCAGAUAUUAAAAAUGAAACCAGCUGUGUGGCUUCCGAUCUAAAUGGCACCGCUUAUUGUGAAUGGAAUCAUAAUGGUUUGGGCAUAGAAUACCAGAUAUUGGCGGGACCCACUUUCAUCUUGAUUUUCACCAUUGCUGGUGUUUUCAUGGGCUUUGCAGCGGAUAAAUACAAUCGUGUCAAAAUGUUGACCGUUUGCACCGUAAUAUUUGCGGUGGCAAUUAUUUUACAGGGCACGGUCAAGGAAUACUGGCAAUUGGCUAUAUUGAGAAUGAUAAUGGCGGCCGGAGAAUCUGGCUGCAAUCCUUUGGCUACCGGCAUUAUGUCUGAUAUUUUCCCCGAGGAUAAGCGUGCCUUAGUUAUGGCCAUUUUCAAUUGGGGUAUUUAUGGUGGUUAUGGCAUUGCCUUCCCCGUGGGCCGUUACAUUACCCAGGCCAACUUCUUUAACAUGGGCUGGCGUGUUUGCUAUUUGGGAGCCGGUGUCUUGGCCGUUUUAAUUGCCAUACUAACAGGCACUACUCUCAAGGAGCCCGAACGCAAGGUGAUAGGCGAAAAUGAAAUGCGCACCAAAGAUGGCAAAAAGGCGAAUCUGUGGUCGGUGUUGAAAAAUCCCGCCAUGAUUAUGUUAAUGAUUGCUGCCUCCAUCAGACAUUCGGGUGGCAUGACAUUUGCCUACAAUGCUGAUUUGUAUUACAACACUUAUUUCCCUGACACCGAUUUGGGUUGGUGGCUGUUUGCUGUAACCAUUGGUAUUGGCAGUGUGGGUGUUGUGGUGGGUGGUGUGGUGUCUGAUAAGAUUGUGGCUAAAAUGGGCAUACGAUCAAGAGCUUUUGUUUUGGCCAUUAGUCAAUUGAUAGCCACCUUGCCAGCAUUUGGCUCUGUCUACUUUGACCCUCUGUGGGCCAUGAUCACCUUGGGUGGCUCUUACUUCUUUGCUGAAAUGUGGUUUGGUAUUGUGUUUGCCAUUGUGGUGGAAAUUGUGCCAUUGCAAGUGCGCUCAUCCACAAUUGGUGUGUUUUUGUUUGUGAUGAACAACAUUGGUGGCAAUUUGCCCAUUUUUGUCGAUCCCGUCGCCAAAGCUAUUGGCUAUAGAGGUGCUAUAAUGAUAUUCUAUGCUGGCAUGUAUGGCAUAAGUUCCAUUCUUUUCCUUAUUACCUGCUUUAUGCUGGAGGGCAAACCAUCUGCUUCGCCUGAAGAAAAAGCCGAAAAUGGUAUUGAAGUUCCGGCCAGAAAUAUCCAAGGUCAUGACAACUCUGUCUUCUCUAAUGAUGAACCGCCAGCAUAUCCCAAUGGCAAGUCAACGGCUCUUCCCAACCAUUUACAAAUGUACAACAGUAAUUCCCAGAAACCUCAAAUCCAAGAGAGCAGUAGACUGUAGGGUAUCAUUUUUUUUAUAAUUAAUUAUCUAUGUGUAGUAUUGCAAAAUUGUUAAAUAAUUUUUCUCUAUUAGUUUGUAAGCUCAUUUUAUGUAUAAACAAAAAUACUCAUAACAAAAAAUCAUUUACAAAAUUUUCCAAAAAAAAUUUAAUUUAAUCAAAUGUAAAUGUACUUAUGUAUUUAACACAUUUAGCAUUUUAUUAGUUUGUUUUUUGUACCUUCAUCUAACAAGUAUUACUUGUAUUUUUAAUAUCUAAUUAAUAACAAUUGGUUUUAGACCUAAAUUAAGGCAUUUUGUUGCACAGUUGGCAAAAUGCAGUUAUAUUUGUUUUAAUUGUUAUUAAAUAAAUAGUUUUUAUUAAAACUUAAUUAAGAAAAUAACUAAAA